AUGGCGAAAUUGGACACCAAGGCCUCGAAAAAGCGCAAGGCUGUCACCCGAGAUGUGGAGGAGGAAGCAGGUGUCUUCUCUGGCGAUGAACUUAGCGCAGAAAAUCUCGAUGGAGCUCUCUCCGACUCCGCCAACGACCUGUCGGAGAGCGAAGACGACGACAGCGAGUCGGAAAUUGAGUUGAUCGACGACUACAGCUCCGAAGAAGAGGAAGAUGAAGAGCCCGAGCUCGACAGUGAUGAGAUUCCCUCUGAUACUGAGACCAUGUCCACCAAGGCCACCAGUGUCGACCACGAUUCCAAUGUUCGAGUUGUCAAGGACGCCAAUGGAAAUGAACGGUACCUUUACGAUGAAAUUAACCCGGAUGACAACUCAGACUACUCGGAUUACCCUCACAUCGGAUACGACAUCAAUGGCAAGAAGAUUAUGCGCCCUGCCAGAGGCGAGGCUCUGGACGCAUUGCUUGACAGCAUCGAGAUUCCCAAGGGCUGGACUGGUCUUACGGAUCCUUCCACUGGAAAGCCUCUGGAACUUAGUCAAGAAGAGUUGGAGCUGCUGAAGAAGGUGCAGAUGAACGAGACCCCUGUUGAUGGGUACGAUCCUUAUGAGCCCACCAUCGAAUGGUUCUCCAGCCAGAAGGAAAUCAUGCCCCUCAGCGCCCGUCCUGAGCCCAAGCGACGCUUCGUGCCGUCCAAGCAUGAGCAGAAGCGUGUGAUGAAGCUCGUCAAGGCCAUUCGCGACGGCCGUAUCCAGCCUUACCGGCCUCCGGAGGAGCGCGAGGAGAAGGAAGACGAUCUUGUCAACUACGACCUGUGGGCGGACGAGGUUGCGCGCCCUGAUCACAUCAUGCACAUUCCCGCACCUAAGCUUCCGCCUCCUGGUUACGAGGAGAGUUACCACCCUCCUCCGGAAUAUCUCCCCGACCACAAGGAGCGCAAGGAGUGGGAGGCUAUGGACCCCGAGGACCGCGAGCAGGACUUCUUGCCCAACGACUUCGGCUCCCUCCGCCGGGUUCCCGGAUACGAGAACUUUGUCCAGGAGAAGUUCGAGCGUUGUCUGGAUCUGUACCUUGCUCCCCGUGUCCGGAGAAGCAAGCUCAACAUCGAUCCCGAGAGCCUUUUGCCCAAGCUGCCCAGCCCAGAGGAGCUUAAGCCUUUCCCUUCUGCCUGUGCAACCGUGUUCCGCGGACACAAGGGCCGUGUUCGUUCGCUCAAUGUGGACCCUACUGGUAUUUGGCUUGCCACAGGUGGUGACGAUGGUACUAUUCGGGUCUGGGAACUUCUCACCGGCCGUCAAUUGUGGAGUGCCAAACUUAGCGACGAGGACGCCGUCAACGUUGUCCGCUGGCGACCGGGCAAGGACUCCGUUAUUCUUGCUGCCGCCGCGGGUGACGACAUCUUCCUUUGCGUGCCCCCGAUUGCCGAUCCCGAAAUUGAGAAGACGAGUCUGGACAUCAUCGACGCGGGCUGGGGUUACGCCGCAUCGCAGCCCCCUCCCAGUGCCGCCGAGGCCAACAAGAAGAGCACACCUCCUUCUUGGACCCGUCCAUCAUCCGAGCUGGCCGACGCUGGCGUGUGCGCACUCAUCCCUCUUCGGUAUAUCGCCAAAUCGAUCUCCUGGCACCGCCGUGGUGACUACUUCGUCACCGUCUGCUCAGGUGCCUCCACACCUGCCUCCGUUGCGAUUGCCAUCCACACCGUCUCCAAGCACCUCACGCAAUUCCCCUUCCGACGCCGUCUCAAGGGUGGUGGCCCUCCUCAGACAGCCCACUUCCACCCCUCGAAACCGAUCCUUUUUGUCGCCAACCAGCGCUCCAUCCGUGGAUACGAUCUCUCCCGCCAGCUUUUGGUCAAGAUCCUGCAACCUGGUGCCCGCUGGAUCUCCUCUUUCGAUAUUCACCCCACCUCGUCCAGUGCAUCCGGUGGUGACAACAUCAUCGUGGGAUCUUACGAUCGUCGCCUUCUCUGGCACGAUCUCGACCUGUCAGCUCGCCCUUACAAGACCCUCCGCUACCACCGCAAGGCUAUUCGUGCCGUCAAAUUCCACCCCGGUGGUCGGUACCCGCUGUUCGCGGACGCUAGUGACGAUGGAUCCCUGCAGAUCUUCCACGGCAGUGUUACAGGCGACAUGCUCAGCAAUGCUAGCAUUGUUCCUCUUAAGGUUCUCAAGGGCCACAAGGUCACAGCCGAGCUCGGAGUGCUGGAUAUCGACUGGCAUCCUCGUGAAGCGUGGUGUGUCAGUGCUGGCGCGGACGGAACUUGUCGCUUGUGGAUGUAA